ACAGAUGGCAUUUUCUCCUCGCGUGUUCGUCCUCCUUUGUGGGAUCAGUGGACUGCUGACUGGAGCUUGGGCCAAGCCAAGCAAGAACAGAGCUCUUUGCUGUCCUAAGGGCUGGGAUCAGUUUAAUGAUCGCUGUUACAUCUUCCAAGAUGAAGCCAGGACUUUUACCGAUGCAGAGAGAAUCUGCAACUUGCUUGGUGGGAAUCUGGCUUCAAUCAGCGACGAGCUGGAAAAUGCAGUCGUUUAUCACCUGGUUGAGGAGGCAGAUGCAAAUCAAGCCUGGAUUGGACUCCAUGAUAACAUUGAGGAAGAAGACUUUAUGUGGCUUGAUGGCACAAAAUUUGAAUUUGAGAACUUUGCAAAUGGAGAGCCUGGUGGCGAUAUGUGUGUGGUGAUUGAAGCCGACGGAGGUGAAUGGGUUGGUGAGUCGUGCGACAGUGAGGAGCCAUACGUUUGCGUCGCAGAUGCCUUCUGUUACAGACACUAAUCAUCCCUCUCACCGUCAUAUCUUCUUCAACAAUAUCUUCACCAAUCACGAUGAGCCUGAGACAACAUCAAACCUUAGUGAUGUCUUUGUAUCUCUGGGUUUAUUAUCAAGACUUCUGUUCUUAUUCUUUUACACUGUACGUCGAUCAUCUCUCCACUAAAUAAAUGAACC